AUGCCUACAAGACAAAGUCAGGCAGAUUUUGAGCAGACUUUAAUAGAUACACUAAAAAGGAAGAAUGUUGCAGAAACUAUUACCAAUAUCAUUCUUGAAACAGUUACCUCUGCAUUGAACGAUAAAUUUAAAUAUUACGAUGAAAAAAUUGCACAGUUAGAAGCAGAAAUAGUAAAUUUAAAAACAAAUUUCAAUGAAUCUACUGGUAUGUCAAAAGAAGGUGGCCAAAAAACUAUGGAGCAAAAACUAGACAAUAUUCAACAACAUAUGAAGAGUAAUAAUUUGAGGCUGAUACAAAUUCCAGAGGCGGAAGGAGAAAUUCUUACUGACAAGCUUUACGAUAUUUUCACCAAUAAAAUGAAUGUGAAUAUUAACAAAUCGGAGAUAACUGCUGUCUAUAGGGUUGGUCGCCGUAACGAUACAAAACCUAGGCAUGUUUUGGUAUCGUUUACUGACAAUUCGAUUAAGAUGGCAACGUAUAAUAAGUUUGACAGAAGUACCAGGGGUGGAGGAGUAGGUUUGUAUAUAGAUAGUAAGUUGAAAUAUUCACAAAUUGAGGUUUCACAUAAUGUUGAACAACUUUGGGUCUCAGUUUCACUUAAAGGUAAAUCAUACGCAGAUGGAGUAGUAUAUCGACCACCACAUUUCAAUUAUAAAUAUUUUAUUGAUGAACUUGAAGAAUCUUUAUGUGUGGCUAUGCUCCGUGAGGACAAAGUGAUAUGCCUAGGAGACGUAAAUAUAAAUUUCCUCGACACUGAGGCUGCACCUACAAAUUAUAUGCUUGAAAUGUUAGAUUCUACAGGUAUAGAGCAAAUAGUAGAAGAAGCUACACAUAUUACUAAUACAUCGGCGACAUUAAUAGAUGUUAUUCUUUGCAACGAUCCUUUAAUGAUCGAAUCUAAGCACGUUGGCGGAUUAGAUUUAACAGAUCAUGAACUGAUUUCGUGUAAGGCACUACAAGAUAGACAAAAAAUUGAACCACUCUUUUACACUUAUCGGAGCUUUAGGAGUCUUGAAAUGGAUAAAUUGCAUGCUGAUUUGCAAAAUCUUCCCUUAAUUGACAUAUGUUACUUGUCAAAUAUUGACGAAAAGGUGAACCUGUUCAAUCAUUCAAUUCUAACUUUGUUUGACAAGCACAUUCCUUUGAAAACGUCCAAAAUCACUAAGCCUAAAGCUCCCUGGCUGAAGGAUGAUAUAAGGAAUUUGAUGCGUAGUAGGGAUGCAGCGAGGUCUAAGUAUAGAAAAAAUCCGAACGAUUCAAAUUGGAAUGCAUAUAAAAAACUAAAAACAAAACCAAUCAUGCUAUUCUACAUGAAAAAAGAAAGUAUUUUGAUAAAAUUGCUCAGAUCAUGCCUCGCAAGGGCUUAA